CAAUUUUGCCUCGAUCGGUGCGGUUCCAUUUGUUCGGUGCUCUUGUGUGUAUUGGAUGAAUGGGGUUGUUGUUUUUUCUUUCUUUCAUUCAUUCGCUUUGUUUUGCUUUUUGCUUUUGUGUGGUACCGGGUGGUAGCACAAAACUGGCCGUCCUGCUCGUACGCAAGGUAGCAUCAAGGCAGCAUAACCAGCAUCACAGCAUAAGUGCGCGCGAUCGUGAUUGAUGUUCGGGCUCUUUCCCGAAGAAGGAGGACUUUCUUUUCUACCCGGGGGUUGUUGUAUUUUUUCUUCUUCUUUCUUUGCUCACAUCCGACCACUGUGGUCCGGUGCGGUGUGCGUUCGACAGCCGCGUCUAGCUCGUGGCAGUUAGCAUCCUUGCGUUUAUGGUGCAGGACCGGUAAGCCCCUUUAAGCGGAUGUGCACAGAUCCCGGAUGCGUGACAGCGGUGUGUUUUUUGUGGCGUACGCAGUGUUUUGUGUGUGAGUGGUGUGCUCGUGCGCGGGUGGAUCAGUUUUAGUGCGCUUAGUAAAUGUUACCGGUGAGUCAGCACAGCACAAGUGAUAAUGUGCAGUGUUCACGAUCGUGACCAUUGUUUGCCCGUGCGGAUGAUCAUAAUGUUGCCGAUAGUUUUACUGUUGAUGGUAUCGAUUGUCGUCUGCUAGCAACAAUCAAAGUUUUUGGUGGUGCGCAACUGUUUCGCAUUUAAAACGGGGGGUGACGAUUGUAAACGAUACAAACCCCGAAAGGAGAAAAAAAGAAAAUAAUUACGUUUUGCAUUACGAGUGUAUUUUCGCAAGUGUCUUUUUUGGAACACGUUUUUUUUUUGCUGUGAGUGCGUGUGAGAUUUUUUGGUGUGCAUGUGUGUGAUUUUGGGGGGGAAAAGUUGUCAUCGAGUGUGGAUCGGUGUGCAUACAAUAUACGGGAGCAGGUGUUGACUAGAGCCCAAGAACUCCCCCAAAACAGAGUGUUGCAGCGAGUGAAGAAAGAGCAAAGGCAAUAAAAUGAAUCUAGUGACGGUGUUUAUGGUGUGCCUGAUGGCCAUCAGUGCCUGGGCAGAGGUAGAAAGCAAAUCAAAGCCCGGCCGUGGACGGGGCUCAAUGUGGUGGGGCAUCGCAAAGGCGGGUGAACCGAACAACAUUUCGCCGCUAGCGUCCGGCAUGCCGUAUCUCGAUCCAGCCAUCCAUGCGACGCUCCGACGCAAACAGCGCCGAUUGGUGCGGGAAAAUCAUGGAGUACUGGCCGCGAUUACCAAGGGCGCAAACCUUGCCAUCAACGAAUGUCAGCAUCAGUUCCGGACGCGCCGUUGGAACUGCUCGACCCGGAACUUCCUGCGCGGCAAGAACCUAUUCGGCAAGAUCGUUGAGCGAGGUUGUCGUGAAACGGCAUUUAUCUACGCGAUCACCAGCGCAGCAGUAACGCACAGUGUGGCACGGGCUUGCAGUGAAGGUUCGAUCGAUUCGUGCACUUGCGAUCGGUCGCAUCAACACCGUGAGCCACAGAUGAACAACAUGGGUGCGGUGGCGGGCGUCGGUAACUGGGAGUGGGGCGGCUGCAGUGACAACAUUGGAUUUGGGUUUAAAUUUUCCCGCGACUUCGUCGAUACCGGUGAGCGUGGCCGGACAUUGCGCGAAAAGAUGAACCUCCACAACAACGAGGCUGGCCGAGCGCAUGUACAGGCGGAAAUGCGACAGGAAUGCAAAUGCCACGGUAUGUCCGGCUCCUGCACGAUGAAAACGUGCUGGAUGCGGCUGAACAGCUUCCGGACGAUCGGUGACAUCCUGAAGGAUCGGUUCGACGGUGCGUCACGCGUAAUGGUUAGCAACAGUUUGCGCAGCACAAGCGUCAACGAAAACACGCUCACGAAUCGGGCCGGUUCGAACAACGUUAAGACGAACGCGAACAGUGCCGGGGGUGCGAACCCGAACAGUAUGCUGGGCAAUUCGUUUCACGCCCGUGGUCACCAGCAGAGGCGAGUUAAUCGGUAUAACUUCCAGCUGAAACCGUACAACCCCGAACACAAACCACCGGGCACGAAGGAUCUCGUCUAUCUAGAACCAUCGCCCGGAUUCUGCGAGCGUAAUCCACGGCUCGGUAUUCAGGGUACGCACGGGCGCCAGUGUAACGACACCUCGAUCGGUGUGGACGGUUGUGAUCUGAUGUGCUGUGGCCGAGGCUUCCGAAGGCAGGAGGUGACGGUGGUGGAACGCUGCUCAUGCACCUUCCACUGGUGCUGCGAGGUAAAGUGUAAGCUCUGCCGAACGAAAAAGAUCAUCCACACGUGUAAUUAAGGAUGUUCGCUGUGUAUGGCCCUUUUGUGCCGUUUUGGUCCUAUCGGUCCCGGUAACGUGUCCUUUCCUGGUGAAUCGAGCUCGGUGAAUCAUAAGCCAGCGUGCACACUGUCAUCCGAAGUGUCGAGUGGGUUGUGUUUAGUUUCGUUUCCUCCGGCAUUUUUUUUUGUUGAUGUUGUUAUCUUAAAUAUUCGACUUUUGUUUUUAAAACGCGGUAUAAUGGAUGAUGGCGACGCUGAUGCCGUGAACGAGGGAAUGGAAUGUUGCUGCUACGCGGGAUUAAUAAUCUCAUCGCUCAGGAGCAGAAGAAAAAAAGAGGAGGGCACAACACAUAGACAGCGCGUUCAGACACGUUCAGGUCUGGAUGGAUUUAUCGGUGUACAAAGAGAAACAGAAGGAGUUAAAAACAGGAAACGUAUCACUUUCGAUAAAAUCCCAAACUUUUCGCUUUUUCGAUUUUUUUUUUCUGGGACGAUAGACAACAUCAAACCUCGAUCGAUAUUUUGAGCUUGAGUAGUGUGAGAAGCGUAGCGUGGACCAGAUUCGUCCAAAAAGGGCACUAUUUGUAAAUAGGUGUUUUUUUUUAAAUAUGUAUUUUUAUCAUUAACUCUAUACGAUUCUCUCUUCUUCAUCUAACAGUCUUUAGUUUGCUACAUUGGCAAAAUGAAAACUUACCAACACAGUAAAGUGUAACCGUCAAAGGUUAAUGUUUGGUGCUGGUUUCAGCUUUAUCUGUGCAUCUGUUUUAGAAAUUAUUACACAACCAGAGUAACUAAAUUGACUACCAAAAAAAAACACAAAACAAACAAUAAUAUGUACGAAUUACAACUAGCAAAAAAAGAAAGAAGAGAAACCUGGAAAUGAGGAAACUUGCGAGCUCUUGGUUGUUUUUGUUGUAUACAAAAUUAACAGACUUUAAAGAGCUAAUGGUUAGUAAUGAACGGAACUGAAGGACGCUGGCAGAACUAGGUAAACCAAAAUUUUAUAACGUGAGAAACCAUUUUCGGCAUGUCGUUCGGGUAUAGGUAGUUAACUUAUUGAAGCUUACUUAAAGGAUUUUUUUUCUAUAAAAAGGAAGUUGGUACGAAGGCUUUCAGGAGAGGAACAAAUUGUUUCAGUAUUAUAGUCAGAAGCACAACAGUAUAAAAAAAGUAUCUUCCCUUUACCCCUACCCCCCAAAAAAGCACCCCCUUUUCCCUUCUCCCUUCCUCUUUCCCCUUCCCCCACACAAAAAUAGGUGCCAGUUAUAAAUGUGUAUAUGUGUCCGUGGCAGGUUUUGGUAGGUGUUGAGCAAACGGUGCGCAAACGAUAUCCCAGUUAUUUUAAUGUUUUAGAAGCAUCGAUAAGCGCAUCAAAAUGCUUUUUUUGUGGCUUCCUGGAUGCAUAAGUGUAUGUGUGCGUGUUUACGAUGGCGAUGUAUUUUCCAUCAAAGCGAUGGAUACAUUUUAACCUUCCCCUUGGUCCCUUAGACUUAGAGUGGAAAACCGUAGCUGUACAUAGAGCGAAAUAUUAGUCACUUAAGGCCAUAGGUAACGUAAAGUAGGUAAAACAAAACAAAAAACGCACAAAAACAACAGAAAAACAGGAAACAAAAAUAGCAACCCUUAACCAUAACACGAUUUCGUUGGAUCCCCAUGUUCAAAUCAAACGCGAGCGCGAGUGGCUCGUCGUGACAGUAGAAAGAAAUCCUGAAAGACUGAAUAGAAAUUAACGCGCCAAAAACAAAGCUGUUUUGCUGUUUAAUGUUUUGUGUGUAGUUUUUGGUUAGGGUUUGAAGCGAUCCGGCUGAAAGGGUGGCGUUUUCAUAUAUGUAUAGUAUGUCUUAUCUGCGAUACACCAACAGGUGGCAACAGGAAAAGGUACGGAGGAUGAAGUCGAAAUGAUCGCACGUGGAAGUGAUGCACCGUGAUGGAGCUAUAGUACAUUCCGUGAGCGGAUGGAUGUGCUUUCUACAAGGAAUUGGUUGUCCAUUAUCUGGAGAAAGGAACCGGAGGAACCACGUAGCGCGAGACCAAAGGAUGGCUUUACUUUGGCGCUCGUUUGGCGAACGUUUGUUGCUCUAUUUCUGGGCUUUUGGAUUUUGCGCUGGGAAGAUUGGAUGUUGAUUUUCUUGAGGAGUUCCACAAGAUCUACAAUUCUCACUUAUUUAACGUUCGUGGCGGAUUACCCAAUCGAAUUCGCAUUGGGUAUUCUGAUGUGUGGGGUGAAUUACUACCCAUUCGAAAUGCAUUACCUUCAAUCUUCUCAUCGCACAUACAUACAGGCUGCGGCGGAUGGAUGCCAUUUUGUGCCAUCGUUUCUGUUAAGCGGAUGCCGAAACCAUCCGGCAGAACACCCACGCAUGAUCAUUUCGUACGUGAAAGUCGAAAGACUCAUUCAUGCCUCAUGACUUCGGUACUUUGAAGUGUCACCAUUCAUUACUGUUCUCUCUUCCUUUCGUAUGUGUAUGUGUAUGCAAUCGGUUCGUGUAAGCAAUCAUACCAACAGAGAUAAAGUCCUUCAGAAAAAUGCGUUUUGGUAUAAACAGCAGCUAGUAUUACGAUGUUUGUAAGAAGUUUUUUGCAAAUUGUUUUAUAUUGUGCGUAAGAUGUCAGCAUUAAUAUGGAUGCUUUUCCCUUCUGAAUUGUGCUAGCACUGUGCCGUAUGCAGUGUAGCUUUCAUUUCUUUUAAAUUAAUAAUUAAUAUUUUGGUUUGUUUUCUGCCUUCAUUCAGCAGAAAAAGAAAAAAGAAAUAAAACAAACCGGUAUCUGUAUUAUUUGUGUAUUGCAUAAGUAAUUUAUUAACACCGCUUUUCCACCCCAAAAAAGGAUGCACAGAGUAACACGAGCUUAUAUGUAUAAUGUACGGAACGGAUCUUAAUUUGUUUAUGCUUUAGUAGAGCGUUCGCUUCAAUGUGUAAAUAGUCGCUUUUAGUAGAUCUGGUUCUGUACCAUCGAACGGCAGCCCUGCGCAAGGAUGAGGAAAGCUAACGAGGACGCUUCUUAGAUUAUUAGCAAUUAAGCAGGCAAUCAAAACAUCCAACGAAGCUAGCCGUAGACAUAGAAAACAAAACCAUGCAAAAACAGUUUAUUUUGCGUGCGCAAAACAGGUAAACGAUUGUUACGAUUCCUUGUUUUUUUUUCUUUUUGGGAAGCAAUCAAAACGAAACGUUAAGCUUAAUGUGAAAAAUUGUAACAAACUUGUGAACUCUUUGACAUGUAUACAAAUAUCUGUACGGCAGAAAUGAUUGUGAAAAUAGAAAACAAACGAUGCCUCGAAUGUCGUGUGAGCAUCGCCCGAAAUUAACUGAUAAUAAAAACGAAAAUAAUCAAAACAAUCUAAAA